GGCUCCGGUUGAUAAAGGUGGGAAACAGAAGGACGCUGAGGACUGUUCAGCAUUUCUACUGCACUGUUACAAGAGGAGUAAUGGCUUUAAUCGGAAAAUUAAGGCUCGCAGAGUCCCGCUGGAAAGGUUUGGUUAAAAGGACUCAGAGGAAUGGUCUGUGCCACACCUUCUACAGCCCGAACGGGGAUGAGUACACCGGAGAGUGGCGGGGUAACCUGAGGCAUGGGCAGGGAACUCAGGUGUGGAAGAGAGCCAGAGCCAUGUAUGAAGGCGAGUGGAAACGGGAUGCGCGAGACGGUUACGGGAAGCUCUACAAACUGCAGCCGUCUACUAAAGAAUAUUUAAGAGUUUAUUCAGGGACCUGGAGGAACGAUAAGAAGGAGGGGUUUGGGAGAUGUUUCUACAGCUCGUCAGCGCGAUAUGAGGGGCAGUGGGUGGAGAAUGAGAGGAGCGGAUGGGGGAGGAUGAGGUAUGAGAAUGGAGAUGUGUAUGAAGGAGAGUGGCUCAGGGAUAAACCCCACGGCCAGGGCGUGCUGGCGCUCAGGAACGGGAACAGCUAUCAGGGCUCCAUGAAGGACGGGAAGAAACAUGGACACGGACGCUUUGUCUACAGGGACAGGGGUCAGGUGUACCAGGGCUUCUGGGUAGAUGAUGCGCUGAAGUGUGGGACGGUGUGUGAGUGCGACAGGAAGAAAACACACACACCACAGCUGCACCCUUUACCCCCGGUGAUGCUGCAGGAUGUUCAGGCUGUACUGAAGGAGGCACGCGACCAGUUCAAAAACAGGAUUAAUGCACUUUAA